ACCUUAUUCAAACGUCUUCUUCGUGUUGCCGUUGAAGCGAGGAAAAUAGGUGAAGGCCUGAAGGGUGAAUCACUUCUCAUCUGUUCUCCAUUGGAAGCCUUCGUCCAUUCUGAGUCAGAUCGAAAGCUCACAAGCAUUACGAGUUGAAAUCGUUGGAACCUCGUCGAACAACCGUUCAAAUCGUCAAAGACAAACGAGCUCUGACUCGCCGGAAUCUCACCGGAAAACAAGUCUUUCUGAACCUUUCGUGCUCGGAACUCAGUUGGCGAACUUGAAAUUGACGCUUAGGGCAACUCCAACGAAAAAUUCCGUCUAAAACGAGGAAAUUCUAAAAUUCCCGUUCGCUCUUGCAGAUUCACGCUCGUUCUCUUUUUCGCUCUCGCUGAUCGUGGCUCGUUUUCCCUCUCGAGCUUUCUCUCUGAAUUUGAAAAUGUCAAUGGCAAGCGAAUCUAGCUGGGUUGGGAGGAAGCCUGUGAAACGCAUUGGGGGAAUGUCCGAUGCUCUAUCAAUUGCAGCCGAUCUUGGUUUCUCCUUGUCCCCUCCCCCAUCCCAGGAAGGACUUCAGAAUUCAUCCCCCACAACUGGGGAAAAGGGUGAGGACUUGAUCAGGGUUUUGAGAGAACUGACUACUGUCCAAAGAAAAAUUGCAGAUUUGCAAGUUGAACUUCAAGGUCGAAAGGAUGACAAAAAUGUUGCACAUUUGACUCAUGUGAGUGAAAUGGAAAAGAAGAUUGAGACAUUGGCAAGGAUUACUACUAUACUCAAAGAUGUUAUUCAGAACAAGGAUCGCAUUAUAGCUCGCCUACAGCAGCCGUAUUCCCUUGAUUGCAUUCCUGUUGAAGCAGAAUAUCAGAAACAAUUCUCUGAACUACUGAUGAAGGCAGCUAGUGAUUAUGGUGCUUUGACAGCAUCAGUGGCAGAUUUUCAGUGGAGUCAGAAUUUCAAGGAACCUCCUUCAGUUUGGGGGGAAAUGCUUCGGCCCAUUCCUGUAGCUUUGGCAUCUUGCACUCGGUUCUUUGAAGCCAUGUCUGCCACAAGAGAGUCAUUUGCAUCACUUCAAAAACUGAGAGUUGGCCAUUUUGAUUCCCCUCUACCUAGAACACCAGCCGGAGAUCCUUCCCAAAGAGUACCAGGAGUUUCUGAUUGUCUAACACCACCUCCAUGGAAAACUGAAACAAACUUUGAUGACUUAGGCAUCAGAAACCAAAGAAGGCAACAUCUAGAUCAGCAGGUGGAGGAUGUAAACAGCUAGGUAAAUGAGAUCCAUCAGAAUAUCUGUACAAGCCUAAGGAUCUUGUCUUGCCUUCCCUCAUUUAAAGAAGAUUGUUACAUAGAUAUCUAACAUACUCUUUGUAUCAUUUGUGAGAUAUAUCAUAUACAUCAAUUAUUUUUGCAAAUCAAUUAUUUGUCAUUGUUGUUGCGGAA